UGUACCGGUUCUCCGAAUUCUGAUAUAUCGUUGCAUCCCUAAACGAUGUUAUUAUAAAGUGUAUAUUUUUAAUAUGCCUUUAAUUCAAACAAAUACAAGUUAUUUAGAGAUAAGAUAAUAUAAUCUGUACAUAAGUUCAAUGUGAAAAUGAACGACCUUAGUGAAGAACACCCUAGAAAAUUGAUUCCUGAACUUUGUAAUCAAUUUUAUCACUUAGGAUGGGUUACAGGGACUGGAGGUGGAAUCUCAAUCAAAGAAGGGGAUAAAAUUUUCAUAGCACCAUCAGGAGUACAAAAGGAACGUAUGAAACCAGAUGACUUAUUUGUUCAAACUAUUGAUGAUGAGGAUUUGGAAUUGCCCCCUGCUGCAAAAAAGUUGAAGAAAAGCCAAUGCACGCCACUUUUCAUGCUGGCGUACCGUGAGCGUGGCGCCGGCGCAGUAAUACACACGCAUUCACCUCACGCCGUACGCUGUACACUGCUGUACGAGGACGAGUUUGUAAUCACACACCAAGAAAUGAUCAAGGGCAUCAAAGACGCCCAACUCGGCCGGUACCUUCGUUAUGAUGAGAAGCUAGUGGUUCCCAUCAUAGAGAACACGCCAUUCGAGAAAGAUCUAGCGGGCAGCAUGGGGGAAGCUCUGCAGAAGUACCCCGGUGCCAGUGCGGUACUGGUACGGAGGCACGGCGUGUACGUUUGGGGCGACACGUGGCAACAGGCGAAAACUAUGACUGAAUGUUAUGACUACUUGUUCGAAAUGGCAGUAGAAAUGAAAAAACUCGGCCUAGAUCCUUCUAGAACACCUAAGCACUAGUAAUACCUUGUAAGUUAAAAUCAAUGUAAAUAUAUUACUGCAUUUUAAUUAAUAUAUUUUUUGAAGAUUAUUGUUAAAAU